ACAUCACUGGGUUGAAUGUCACAGCCCUGAUUUCGAGAUCUAAUUGGCUCCUGUCUGCGUAUACGUCACGAUCAUGAUUAGAAUUGAUGAUCGGACGUUCUGAUUUCAUUGUCUGGCUAAAAGGGGACUGCUGAAGAAAUCUGAUGAAUUCGAGCAGUCGUUUGAUUUGACGACAAAAAAAAACAGAACCUCAGGGAGACAAAGACACCGCAACCAUGUCACAGCCUCUGCACCCUGCAGCCCAGGAGACUGAGCUAGCAUGACCAGUACUGCAGCCAGAUCACCAUAACCCCCGGACAGACGGACGCACAGAGGUAUCUGCUGUCUGGCCCUGCUGCCUAGACCUCACCCCGGCCUGGUCCUGCUGCCUAGACCUCACCCCGGCCUGGUCCUGCUGCCGAGUCCUCACCCCGGCCUGGUCCUGCUGCCUAGACCUCACCCCGGUCUGGUCCUGCUGCCUAGGUCUGGUCCUGCUGCCUAGACCUCACCCCGGUCUGGUCCUGCUGCCUAGACCUCACCCCGGUCUGGUCCUGCUGCCUAGACCUCACCCCGGUCUGGUCCUGCUGCCUAGAACUCACCCCGGUCUGGUCCUGCUGCCUAGACCUCACCCCGGCCUGGUCCUGCUGCCUAGACCUCACCCCGGUCUGGUCCUGCUGCCGAGACCUCACCCCGGUCUGGUCCUGCUGCCGAGACCUCACCCCGGUCUGGUCCUGCUGCCUAGACCUCACCCCGGUCUGGUCCUGCUGCCUAGACCUCACCCCGGUCUGGCCCUGCUCGUGGUUCUGCUGUAUGGCUGAUCUGCCCCCCUGCAGUAGCAGCAGUAUGGAGGAAUGGCAGGAGAAACGAGGCCUGCAGACGAUGAACCUGCGGUCUGUGUUCACAUUGGAGCAGCAGCGAGUCCUGGAGAGCUACUAUGACAACGGGAUGACCAAUCAGAGCAAGAGCUGCUUCCAGCUGAUCCUUCAGUGUGCUCAGGAGACCAAGCUGGACUUCAGUGUGGUGCGGACCUGGGUGGGGAACAAGAGACGGAAGCUGGCCUCGAGGAAUGACCAGAAUGCGGGCGUAUCCCACUCCUUAUCGAAUCACAGCAUGGUUGGUGGAGCUCUGUCCAAUCACGGCGUGGCUGGGGUAGCUCUGUCCAAUCACACACUAGCAGGCGGGGCUUUAGUCGCGGGCGCCAUGCUGACAGCAGAGAUGGCGGCGGCUCGGAACAUCCAGAGAGGCUCCUCCCAUCUCCUCCCUUCCUCUUCCUCCUCUUCUUCUUCCUCUCCGCUUAGCUCUGUCAACAACAACAAUGAUGUCAUCCUGACUGGGAUUUACUCUCUAGGCUCCGCCUCUAGUUCCCGGCCCACUGUUAAGCCCCUCCCUUCUGACUCUGAGCUGCCUGCACAUGUCCAUCAAACUCUGCUUAACCAAUCACAGCACAGGAGUAACAGUUCUGUCUCCUCCCCUCUCCAGCUCCACUCCAGAUUGGGUACCUUGUCACUUCCUCACUAUAAAACCCCCUCCCUCUCCUCUUCCCCCUCCUUCUCCUCACCCCCCUCCUCCUCACCCCCCGGCCCCCCCAUCAACAUUAUGUCCAAGAGGGUGGGUUUCCCCACAAGUGGGGCCAGGGCCGGGGGGGCAGCAGGAGUGGCCGGGGUAGGAGGGGGGGUACCUCGGAGCUGGGCUAGACAGUAUGGUUCUCUCCAGUCUGGCCCCUGGCCCUCUCCCUCCCAGCCCCAGCCCAGGCCUCAAUCCAACCACCAGACUCUCCCACCUCAUCCCCCCAGGCCCCGUCCCUCCCCCCCUCCUCACCCCAUCCCUCCCCCUUCAGACCACUCCCCCCGCAUUCAUCAGGUCUUCAGCCUAUCAGAGAGGGGGGAAGGGGAGGGAUUAGGACAAGGACAGCCUUCUGAUAGGAGCAGGCUGGAGAAACACAGACAGACUCCCCACCCCUCGGACACUAUUGGUUGCCUCUCUAUCGCCAUGGAGACGGGUGAUGAAGAGGAUGAGUGGCGGAGGGAGGAAGAGUUAUCCAACAUGGCUGCCACGGCCCAUGGGGACCUCCAGAGAGGCCAGGGGGUGAGGGACAGCCCCAGCAGGGGAGAGGGAUCUGGGGAGAGAGUCCUCACAUCCCCCUCCCUGGUCCUCAGCAGCUCCAGGCCUGGUCCAUAUCCUCGGGACAGCAACCCAGUUACUACAACACUACAGACCUCCCCUAGUAUACAGGUUCCAGUCAGUCCCUCUGCUCCGUGGCUCAUCAGUAACUCCAGGAAGAGAACUCUACAGGACAGGACCCAGUUCAGUGAUGUGGACCUGGGCCAGUUGAAGCGGUACUGGGACAGAGGGAUGACCAGUCUGGGUUCUGUCUGCAGAGAGAAGAUCAACGCAGCAGCCAAUCAGCUCAACGUAGACACUGAGAUAGUCAAGACGUGGAUCGGGAACCGGAGGAGGAAGUUCCGUCUGAUGGGCAUCGAGAUCCCGUCCCCUAAAUGUGGGCCGGCCGUGUUCCUGACAUCACAGGAAGGGGAGGAGUCUCCCUCUGCGCUGAGUUCCGAUGGGGAGGGGCUUGGAACACCAGAGUUGGGAGACAACCUAAACGAUGGAGCGUCCUUCUGUCUGUCCGAGGAUGGGACCAGUGAUUCGUACCAGAGAGAAGGAGAGAAUGGAGUAGAGGACAGCAGCAGCGCUCCCAUGGCUCACGACGUGAAGAUAGAGGUGAUUGAUGAUGAUGAUGAUGAUGGUGUUGAGAUGGUCGGAUCUGAUAUGGAAAACAUGCAGAACCUCCUGGAGUUUAAGGUGAUGGAACACACACACACACACACACACACACACACACACACACACAGCCAUACCAUGAUGUGUAUAGGCCAGUAUGCCAUGUUGUCUGUGUGUGUUCAGCUUGAGGAGGUGCAGUAUCUGGAGAGCCAACUAGAGAAUCAGAAUCAGAGAUAUUAUGAGUUGGAGACCUUCACCAAGAGUCUUCUGACCGCUGUCAGGACCAACAACCUGGACAGACAACAGGAACUUCUAGCCAGUCUACCUCAGCCUGCAGAUCAGGACUGGGACAUGAGUCCAGAGGGAGGAGCCAACCCCAUCUCCAUAACAACAAACUCUGCAUCCAAUCACGAGUCCCCGUUGGCCGGGAGCAAUGACGAGACACCAUUGGUCAACCCCAACAAGGACCUCCCAUUGGUCACUAUAAACCAAGACGGUUCAUUGAUUGCUGAGCUCAAUGAGUCGUCUGUAUCAGAGGAACUAGAGACUGAGACCGGACCAGAGUGACUGUACUGACACACACAAACACUCCACACCCUGUGCCUGUGGAAGGAUCCUAAACUAACUGUGCUGGGCUCACAAUGCCUUUUAUAUUACUUAUCACUACGCCUUGUCUGGUCUAGUAUCAGACACAACAAUAAACAGACUCCAUAAUAACUGA